AUGCUAAGCCUACUCAAAAUCCUCUACAUUCUCGCUUUCUUGUCGGUGUACAGGAUGUUGCCAUGGCCGGGACGUGGACAAGGCCCUACGGCGACAAGAGCACCAUCGAGCUACUCGACCCUCUUCCGUCUCUGUGCCGUAUUACUGCUUCUGCUACAGUGCAAUUUGAGGAUCAUUCAUGCCAGGACCAGGCACGCCUUCUUGCAUCCUCUUUCUGGGAGACGCCAUUCUACCCGUCUUGGCUCGUUAGCCGGUACGACAGCCUUAUCUGGGAAGGCUGUUACAGAUCGUCAACCACCUCUCCCAACCACUCGCUCGGUGCCUCACCAUCCUGUCCCUCAAGUGUUGGCACCGGCGGGCGGACGGGAGCAGUUUCUGGCAGCUUUGAAUGCAGGCGCCGAUCAGGUUUUCCUGGGGCUGAAGAAUUUCAACGCCCGGGCACGGGCAGAGAAUUUUUGUGUUGAAGACUUGAAAGAGUUGGUGCCCAUGGCGCACAAAUUCGGCAUGCAGGUGCUCGUCACGGUGAAUGUCCUCAUCAAGGAAGAGGAGCUCGGGGUACUCAUCGACACCCUUUCGGCGCUGGAAGAGCUGGAGGUGGACGCCAUCAUCGUCCAGGACCAGGCAGUCGGGGCCUUGGUGAGAGAAUUCUUCCCCACCUUGCGCAUCCAUGCGUCCACUCAAAUGGCCGUCCACAACCUCCAAGGCGUGGUCAAAGCCACAGGAUUGGGGUACCAGCGGGUAGUGCUUGCGCGGGAAGUGACGGCCAAGGAGAUGAAAGAAAUCCGAGCAGGCGUGCCGUCCGGAGUGGCGGAGUUGGAAGCUUUUGUGCACGGUUCGUUGUGUUACUCCUACAGUGGCUUGUGUUUUUUCAGUGGAGAGACAGACGCGCGCUCAGGGAACCGCGGGGAAUGCGCCUACACGUGUCGGCAGCCGUACACGCUGACGAGCGAGGACGGCAUGGGCUUUCUGUUCUCCAUGGCCGACUUGGACACCAGCCACGACUUGGACCUGCUCGCGGAGGCGGGCAUCGACACCCUCAAGGUGGAGGGCCGGAAGAAAGACGCCCAAUACGUCGCCUCGGCGGUCGCCCUUUACCGGCGGCGCCUGGACCAGAUCUACGCCCGCCCCACCCUCCGAUCCCAAGCCCCCCCCGAGGCCUUCCAGGCCGCUGCUCAAGCCAGGCACACGCCCGACGCGGGCCUUCGACAGGACCUGGCCCUCUCCUUCCACCGGCGGACCACCUCCUUCUUCGUCCGAGGCCGGUACCACGAGAACGUCAUCGACUUGGACAACGCAGGGCAUUUGGGGGUCUUGGCGGGCCGCGUCCUCUCCGUGAGCAAGGACGGGCGGACCUUCAAGUUCUCCGCCCUGGUUGAUUUGGAGCGUUACGACGGGAUCAAGCUCUGCCCUCCUGCCCGCGCUUUUCACACCACCCCCCAACACGGCGAUGCCCGAGCUGAGGACCGAGGCGUUCACGCCGCCCGGGAACGCCUGCUGCAGGAGAAGUACGCGAACGAACUUCCGGAGUUUUCUCUGCGUCAGUUCAAAGUGCAGGGCAGCAAAGCUUUCGAGGCGAUGGCGGGGGCGACGGUGGAGGUGGAGGUGCCGAGAGAGGUGCGGCGCGAGUGGGAGCAAGGACAUAACGGCCAUCGCGCCAUCCAAAGCGGGGAUUUGGUCUUUCAGUCGCGCUCGAACCGGCUGAAGCGGCGGGUGCAGGCCUUGGCAGUGGUCCCAGAGAGCUACAAGGCAAGGAGCUGGACCAGUUGUGGUCCUCGC